AUGAAAUUUCCAAUAGAAAACCCGAGAAAACAAGUUAACUGGGACCCCGAGCAAGUGGCGGUCCAGACCAACUUGGUCCCUCCCAAAAAGGUCCAGCCUGGCAUGGUGAAGUCGACUCUAGUCCAGGCUAGCGUUGCCACCAUGCAGAACCCAAUGGGCUGUGACCCAAAAGCCAACGGUCACUGUCCGCUGCCACGUCUGUCCAUCUCCUCCCGCUCUGCCAGCGUGGUGGCCAGCAUGGAUGCCAGCUGUGACGGCGCGGCUGCAGCCCUCCACUCGGUGAUGAAGUGGAAGACAGUGCUGGCAGUGUUCAUCGUGGUUGUUCUCUACCUGAUUUGUGGAGGUCUAGCAUUCAGGGCGCUGGAGAUGCCAUUCGAGAGCAACCAGAAGACCAGCAUCACCCUAGAGAAGGCCUCGUUCCUGGAGAGACACCCCUGCAUUACUUCUGACGAGCUGGAGGAGCUAAUCAAGCAUGCCAUAGAUGCUGUGUGUGCAGGAGUGAGGCCUAUUGGAGACAUGACCUACAAUUCCAGUAACUGGGACCUGGGCAGUGCCUUCUUCUUCGCUGGAACUGUCAUCACAACCAUAGGUUAUGGAAACAUAGCUCCAAGCACGGAAGGCGGGAAAAUCUUUUGCAUUCUUUAUGCCAUAUUUGGCAUUCCUCUCUUUGGCUUCUUGUUGGCGGGGAUUGGAGACCAGCUGGGGACCAUCUUUGUGAAAAGCAUCUUGAGAGUCGAGAAGAUAUUCAGGCAAAAACACAAACAGAUCAGUCAGACUAAGAUCAGAGUGACGUCCACCAUCCUGUUCAUCCUGGCCGGCUGCAUUGUCUUCGUCACCAUCCCAGCCGUCAUCUUCAAACACAUCGAGGGUUGGACCACACUGGAGGCCAUCUACUUCGUAGUGAUCACUCUUACCACAGUGGGAAUAGGAGACUAUGUGGCAGGUGGAAACCGUAGGAUCAACUACAUGCAGUGGUACAAGCCGCUGGUGUGGUUCUGGAUCUUGGUGGGUUUGGCGUACUUUGCGGCCGUCCUCAGCAUGAUUUCAGACUGGCUUCGAGUGCUGUCUAAAAAGACCAAAGAGGAGGUCGGGGAGUUUAAGGCUCAUGCAGCUGAAUGGAAGGCAAAUGUACGAGCAGAGUUCCGUGAAACGCGACGGCGCCUGAGUGUUGAGAUCCAUGACAAGCUCCAGCGGGCCGCCACCAUCCGCAGCAUGGAGCGCCGCCAGCUCGGCCUGGAGCAGAGAGCUCACUCCCUUGACAUGCUGUCUCCAGAGAAGCGGGCCAUGUUCGCCAGCCUGGAUGCUGGCCGUUUCAAGACUUCAUCCCAGGAGAGCAUCGACACCAAGCUGAACAACCUGAGGCUGAGGGGGGCCUGCGAACCGUACGACCAUCAGGGCAGCGAGCAGACGCCGCAGACAGCAUCGUCCUCAGAGGAGAAUCUCUUCAACUUACGCUUCGGAUCCCUCACCAAACUGGGCAGACGUAACAAGAACCGAGAGCUUCGGAGGAACAUUCCCGAAGAUGUUCGAAGGGCGAGUGUAGGCAUGAACAGUGGCGGCGCCAUGCUGGGGGAGGAGAGGACAGAGGAGGAAGAAGAAGAAGAAGACGGGGAGCCACAUGAGGAAAACGGAGAGAAGAAAGAGGGAAACAUCAGUCUGACAAACCUGUCGCAGUACGUGAUGGAGCGCACCAAGUUGAAUGGGUUCAUACCAGCACAGGCCAAAGACACAGAAAAUGAUUAG